AUGGCGGCAGCUAACAAUCCCUUCGGGGCGCCUCCAGCUCCGGCUGCCAACCCUUUCGCGAAACCAAUUCAAGCCGCACAACCGGCCCAAACAGCGUCAGUUUUUGGCAGCUCAUCAGCUCCUAAUCAGAGUCCGUUCGGGAAGCCCAUCUUUGGCCAGGCGCAAUCGACCGCGCCCAGCGCUAGUCCCUCACCUUUUGCUCAGAAUCCUUUCGCGAAGCCAGGACAGACGAACUCUGCGGGCGGAAACCAGUCUCCAUUCUUUGGCGCGCAAACCACGACUCAACAAUCAACCGGCUUUGGGGCGGCGAAUGCCAAUGCUAUAAAGGCACCACAGGGGUUUGGAGGCGGAAAGCCUUCUGGUCCCAGCAAUGGAUUUGGAAAUUCGCAAGCCAGCCAGAUGUUUGGGAAGGGAAAGGCUACGCCGCAACAACCACAACAGUCAGGCGGCCGUGAUGCUGGGGCGACACUGGCGAACAAGUUCCAGCGCGGCCAACGGAAGAACAGCGAGCGCCCUGCGAAGACCCAGCCGAGUGCGACACGCGCUGUUGGCUCCAAGAGCACCUCCGGCGCACCGACUCGAGAACCGACCGAGCGUACGCGCGAGUUGUCCGAAUUUGCUUUUAAUUUUCACAACAAAAUCAACGACCAGCUAAAAAAGGACAAUCUGAAGCCACCCCAGUGGCCGACACCCCAACUUGGCAAUCCCAACAAGCGCGACGACGUUGAGAACCUCAAGCAGUCCUUCAAAAAAUACCGUAGCCGCGUCUAUGAUGCCCUGCGAAAGGUCGAGCUUAUCGAUGACCCGGAGAAGAGGAGGAAGCUUGAGGAUGCGUUACCAUUCAAGGGUAUCUGUGAGGAUAUGUGCCCAGAAUUUGAGAAGAUCUCCCGUAUCGCUGAAUUCGAUGUCAAGACCGAAGAGAAGGAAACCCAGCCCGGUGGUCUCACGGCAUGGCCAGAACCUUCGAAGAUGGUGAAGAAGUUUGGUCGAUCUGCAGCCGGUCAAGAUGCGCCGCUCCCUAUGGAUGUCCGCUCUAUCGACGCUUUACGACGAACCACCGACUACCUCUUUAACGAUCUUUUACAGUCGGAGAACAACCUGCCGUCCAUGCACAACUACCUCUGGGAUCGCACACGAGCAGUACGCAAAGACUUCACCUUCCACUCGCAAAAGUCGGCAGAGGAGAUGAAGGACAUGGUCUAUUGCUUCGAGACGAUCACUCGCUUCCACGCCACGGCUCUCCAUCUGUUGUCUCGGAAGGGGUUUGCAAAUGACGACUUCGAGCAGAAGCAAGAAAUCGAGCAACUGGGCAGGACUAUUCUCUCGUUGAUGGAGGCAUACGACGUCUGCAAGGAGAAACACGUCCUUUGCGAGAACGAGGCGGAAUUUAGAGCUUAUUACCUACUUCUCAACGCACACGAACCCUCUAUAGCACAGAGGAUUCGUAUGUGGGGAAAGGAGUACUGGUUCGACUCCGAAGAGAUCCAAACGGCACUGUCACUCAUCCACGUCAUGGAAGAUUUGAGACAGCCAAAGGGGCCCAUCAAACCACGCCGAAUGACGACCAUGUCCGACACCGCCUUCACCAACUUCUUCGCCAUCGUCGAGAACCCCCGAGUAUCAUACACCAUGGCCUGUGUAGCAGAGGUCCACUUUACCUUUGUCCGCCAGUGCAUUCUUAAGAAUCUUGUACGGGCUUAUGCACGCCAUCGUGAUGCUCCUAGGACAAUCACUGCGUCCGAUCUCAACAAAAUGUUGAGGUUUGACACUCCUGAAGAAGCUGUUGCCUUCGCUGAGGAGCACAAUUUCGAGUUCACCACCUGGGUGCCCCCGGGGAAGCCAGCAGUACCCGAGCCAUACCUCCUCAUCAACGACAAGAAAAAGCACGUCCCAUCGCCCAGAGUCCCCCAGUCCUACUCGGGGCUGCUGGUUGAACGGAAACGAGCAGGACAAUCGCUGCCCCAUGUUAUUUACAACACCAUUUACGAAGAUGCUGCCGAAAACUCUUCUCCCGGAAAGGACUCAGAUGCUAAUGGCGGCGGUCUGUUUGUUAACCCUCAGCAAGCUUUGCCUGCUUUCCCUAACUCACAAGUCAACAAAACUCAAGGUGCCGCUUCAUCACCAUUUACGUCUAUGUUUGGAGCUGCGCCGCCCGUCACCAAGGCACCUGAGAAGACCCCGAUGUUCCAAACAGCGGUAAAAGAUUUCGGUGCGCUCAACCACCUCCCUACAGAAAGUACGACCACUAACUCCCCCCAAGCAACUGGUGCAAUGACUUCGAGUCCCUUUUCCCGUCCUUCGCCAGCUCAGCAGCCACAAGAGGCUGCAAGUCCAUUCUCCAUGUUCGGUCAACCAUCAGCCGCGCCACCAUCGACUCAAACCCCAAGUUCGGCUCCGGCUCCCAAGCCUACAAGUGUCUUUGGACAGGCCCCUCAGACCUCCCAACCGACAUUCAGCUUUGGGCAUCCUCAAGCGGCAAACCCAUCUUCAAUCUUCUCGGCGCCCACUGCUCCAGCAGCAGGUACAUCGAAGCCGAUCACGUGGAACACGCCUGCCCCGGCUACUUCUGUGUUUAGUUCGGGCAGUGCGCCGGCCAACCCGUCAGCGUCUCUUUUAAAUCAGAAUAUGAGCACUGUUCCAGCUAAAUCCUCAGAGACCACACAGCAACCAUCUUCGGGAUUUACGUUUGCUCCAGCAGCAUCGAGCCCCAAACCUCCACUUAGCUUCACCCAACAGCAGAAACAGAGCACAACAACAGGCCAGUACCCCGGCGGGGCCUACGCAAACCCAAUUGCCAGGAACGCCUUCGAGGCAGGCUUUGAGCUUAAAGGGGCGUCAUCGACGGCCUCUAGACGCCGUGAUGCUAGGAGCCUUAGAGGCUCAAUGGCUGGUUCCCCGGAAAGCACCGCCAGUAAAGAGGGUGGCAAGACCCGGGCGCUGCGCGAAAAGUUCGGUCUGGGAGGCCCUAGGGGAAGCUUCUCAUCCGUCGGCGGAAGCUCGGUUCAGUCUUCCAUGAUCAACAAGUUCCGCCAUUCACUCAGUGGUAUUGGUGUCAAUGGCGAAAACAGCAUGAUCAAGCGGGCGAGCAAUUUUUCCACUCCGCGAAAGCGCUCGAUCGAACCUUCUCCAGCUACUGAGGGCAGAAAUCCCAAGCAGCCGCGGAGAUCAUUGCUGGGAAUGAGUAUGGCAAACACGAGCCUGCCCAACAUUAGCCUGAGACAAGGCACCAACGCUGAUAGUCCGAAACCUAAUGGGUUCAAGACUAGCCACUGGGAUCUUAGAGCUCGCGGGUUGGUACCGAUGCCAGACGGGCAGUGGCUCCCAGAAGCAAUUGCCAGCGCCAUCAAAGAAGGCAAGCUGAAGCCGCCUAGUCCUCCGACUCGCAAUCACUCUUACUCCCCUGCCGUUCGACCGUCAACCGAACACGCCAUCCUGUCGGACGACGACGAGUCCAUGGGCAUGGGCAGUACCUACGACAACGGUGACGACGUUGAAGUGGAUGAUUCCGCCUCCAUGACCAGCUGGCGCUUGAGAGUCGCUAGACUCACCGGUUCUACUAAUCCCGUUCAACAACAUCUCCAAACACCCAAGCAACCGCCCGCCGACUACAGCACCUCCAGCAGACUCGCCAAACUCAAGGCAAGAUUGGGAUACGGAUCACCAUCAGCCAGCGGCGGCCAGGGAUCUCCCGCCAUCAGGAAGCGAGUUGAUCUGGCGAGCGAGGCGGAAGAAGCUUCUUCCGUUGCCCAAGGACGUGGACAAGGACGACCAGAGAAUUCCCCGCCCUUGGCCAAGAAGGCAUACUAUGCUGCUUCAGCGGUCAGCAGAGGGAGCACCACUGCUUUGUCGACGAGGGAGGAGACGAACGCGGUGGUGGAGGAGACGCAGAGGAUGUUGAAGGAGUUGAGGGAGACGAUGGAUAAGCUGGAUACCGACAAGGCGGCUUGGAGGGAGGAAGUUGGUGGUGGGAAGUCUUGA